AUGCCCAUGGUGCUGGCUGAGACCACGCACAGGCGAGCCCUUGGCUGCUGCAGUGGCGAGGAGUCGACGUGCACUGCAGGAGGUUGCAGGCAGGGAUUCCCCGAAAUGCACGUGACAGCCAGAGCUGCUCCUGGCACAAACUCCCCAAAGGAAGGCCUGCACAGGGAACACAGCUCAGCUGCCUGCCUGCUUCCCAGGCUGGAGCAGAGCCUAAAACCCAGCACUGAUGCUUGUCACUUCCCCCCAGCCCUUCUGCACUGCUGGGAAAUCCCAGCUCUGCCCAGAAUCAUGUCCCCAGGAACAGGAGGGAGACAAGAUCCUUCUCAGCCUCCGAAACCUCCUCUUGUCCUACUACAAAGCAAUUCCAGACACCACCAGACCAGGCACAGCAGUUGCUGCUGUAGGCGUUACCUGAGCUGGGGCUCUUUGAGGAGGGUGGCCAGGUGCCCAUGGGUAUCCCCUUCUUUCCCAGGACUACUGCUCCUCACAUCUUUUCUCCUGCACAUCAAAGAAGGCCAUGCCAGGCCAAUGGGGCCGGUCUGCGACAAGAGACUGAUCCAGAAGUACAUCGGGGAGGCCAAGGACAUGGAGAAGAGAAUGGUGAGGAAGCAAUGCCUCCCAAAACCCAGUAUCAGGCUGGGCUGGCAGGACAGAGCUGGAAAAAACUCCCGGCAUCUCACUACAGCAACUCUUCUCCCCCAACAGAGCGAGUGCCAGGCACUACCCACACUCAGCUGCCCUGUGGUUCUGCCUUUGGUGGACUUCAAUAUGCGACAGUGGAAAAGCAAAUCGGAGGAGAUCAAGUGGCGUGAGAUCCUGUGCAACCUGGUGCUGCUGGUGGGUGCUGUGACAGAAGCUCAGGGCCAGGUGAGCCAGGAAUGUGGAGCCAAUCAGCUGAGACAGCUCUAUCGACAUGCCAACUCCUUCCUCCUGCUCCUGCAGACCUUUGGCUGGGAGGAAGGGCCCUGCUGCUCCCCCAGCUCCACUGAGCAGACUCAAGUCACUGAGAUCUUCCUCACCUACCGACAGUUGGUGCAGGGCAAGCUGCGCUUCUUCUUCCACAACUUGGCUAAGGACUCAUGUGACUGAGAUUGGGGCAAGCAGGGACCUCCAGCCCAGGGCCUGAUGAAGCUGUACACAGGAUUCAACACUGAUAAGAGGUCAGAGCAAACCCAUAGGACAAUGAGCCGUGCUCUGCGUGCCCAGGAAGGUGCCACAGGGAAAGGGUUGGCUCCUUUUCCACAAGCCUUUGGCUAUCACAUGGCUCACAGCCACACCUGUGCAGCACGAGGCACACGCCUUGCUCCUAUCAGACUGUGAAUGCUUUACAAUUAAAGACCUAUUUUUCUAAAGGAUUGUUUGUGUCUUCCUGUUAGCACUGCUGUGGCACUGGACUGGGAAGCAUACACCAGCCUCUGGGAGAGGCAGCAGCUGGGGGAUAUGCUCCUGUUCUCCCCACAGCAUCCAGCUCCCUCCUGCGGUGGCUGCCAUCUCUGCAGGGCAGCUGGGCUCUGCUAAGGGAUGUGAGAUGAUAACAUCCCCUGCUUUCUGGUAUCCACCUGCCAAUCUCACUGUGCUGAGUUCUGGGGUCACACAGCACCAUUCAGGCUAGGACAAGCCCUUACAGGAGCCACAGCCUGCAAG